CACGAUUUUCCUUCCUUCAGAGACUCCGAGCGGCGAGCGGCAACGGCGAGGUAGCUUCCGUCUGAAUCCUUUGAUGUUAAUGGAUGCCUUGUAUUGAUGAAUGGACUUGGACUUGGUUAAUGUGUAUUGUUAAUGGUGCCUUCUCCUAAUUAAAUGACUAAUGUGAUGAAGUCUGAAUCCUUUGAUGUCAACCGUCGGUUGGUGUCCGUCCACCAUGUCCGACCAAAGCAUAUGCCUGUCUGUUUAUGAGUUUAGCACUCCAGAACCUUCCUUGACAAAUAUGCCCCCCAAAACUGCCCAGAUCCGCCUCGUCAGCUCCCACCCCGAAGUCUACGAACCAUGUGACGACUCCUUCGCCCUUGUCGAUGCCCUCCUUGCUGACCGGGCCCACCUCCUAAAACACCGGCCUUCGAUUUGCAUGGAGAUAGGGUGUGGCAGCGGGUACGUGAUCACUUCCCUUUCCCUCCUCCUCAGGGAAUCUGACGUGGCACCCUAUUACAUUGCCACCGAUAUAAACCCACACGCGGCCCGUGUAACCCUCCAAACCCUAGAAUCUCACGGAUGCCAAGCAGAGGUCAUAAACACAGAUAUCGCGUUCGGUCUUGAAAGCCGUUUGCACAAAUCGGUGGACUUGAUAGUCGUGAACCCGCCAUAUGUGCCGACUCCAGAGGAAGAGGUGGGGUCCGGUGGAAUAGCCGCUGCCUGGGCCGGAGGAGAGAAUGGCCGGAAAGUUAUUGACCGGAUAUUGCCGGUGGCCGACGGGCUUCUUUCGGAUAAGGGAUGGUUGUAUUUGUUGGUGUUGAGUGCAAAUGAUCCAUUGGAGUUGUGUCUUGAAAUGAGAAAGAAAGGGUAUGCAUCGAGAAUAGUGCUGCAGAGGUCAACGGAGGAGGAGAGCUUGCACAUUAUUAAGUUCUGGAGGGACCCGGAAGUUCUGAUUGAGGCGAACGAGUGUGUGGAGAUGAGGAGAAGAGAAGAUGGGAUCGUGGUGGAUUUUUCGCACUUUAGCCCGUUUUCAGUUUGGAGGAACCGGAUUCGAGAUUCUUAAGUUGUGCGCGUAGGGGAUUUGUCGGUUUUAAGGUAAUUUAUUAUUUUCUCGUGUUUUUUUUUUUUNGCGUUUCCCAUCGAGUAAUUGAGAAUCAUGAGUAUUUUGCUUUUCUAUUCAUGUGUUGUGAUUCUUGAUUGUCAUUAUUUCGGAUAUUAUGAUAUGGAAAUGGAGAAUUUGUGGUCAGUAGCAUCCUCUGGUUGUUGUGAUUGACAGUUAAAAAAAAAUAUGUAAAUGGAAUGAGGAUGAUGUUGAUCAGAUGUAGGAAUUGCAUAAAUGCACUAUAGCUAAUGUGUGAGAAAAU